AUGUCGACCCAGUCGUAUGAGGAGCACCGCUGGAACCGCCUUUCCGACGGCAUGUCCUACUUCCACGAUCACUUCAAGCAUGAGUUCAAUGCGCUAUACGAAAUGGCAGAUGGUUCGUUCACAAAGCGCGGCCUCUCGCUGCCCAUGUACCUCCGUAUGGCCACGAGCCUCUGCAAGAGCCUGACGGUGCACCACACCAUCGAGGAGAGGCACAUCUUCCCCUUCCUCGCCAAGCGCAUGACCUCGUUUCAGGACGACGAGGUCCACCUCAAGUCGCACGAAGGCAUCCACCACGGAGUUGACGCGCUGACGAAGCUCGUGCGGAGGUACCUCGACGAGCCGUCGACGUACAAGCCGGACGAAAUGCGCGAGUGCUUGGAUAGCUGGCGCAAGGUGCUAUUUGAUCAUCUGGACCAGGAGGUUGCGGAUCUACGCGGGGAGAACAUGAAGAAAUAUUGGACCUUGGAGGAGAUCGAACGCAUACCGUUUUGA